AUGCAAGUCAGAAAUAUUCAGAACAUAGCACCGAGUCUAACUGACAAGAGUAUAAAGAUAUACUAUGAACACGUUAUGAUGAAACCAACCAAAAUUCAAGAAAGUCAGUAUACUUAUGAAUAUCCAAGACACUGGGUAGAGUAUGUAGGAGGUGAGAAAGCUAUUGAAAUAAGACAAGUUAGAAGUAUUCCAGCAGGAAGGACAAUAUUAUUGAAGAACUUUAAUGUUUUGAGAUAUAAUGAUGAGACAAAGAAGCAAGAUAGUUUUCCUAUUGCUGUGUAUGUGAACCUAGACACAGGAGAUGACAUGAAAGUUUUUAACACAAAGCUUCAAACGGUAGUGAGAGAACAACUGACUGCGGAAGGGCAUCCAUUACCUUCAGAAGUUACCAUAGCAUAUAAUUUUGAAACAAACUCAAUAGAUUUUAAAGUCAUCUCUGCAAAGAAGUCAGGUUUUACAUUUAAUGAAGCAGAUGUAUAUUCGAAUGAAAACUUCAA